GACCCGGCGCACGGAGCCCGGACAGGGGUAUUAAGCAGCAGCCUCGCUCCUUCUCGUAGGGAUCAGGAAGCGGACGAACUGCGGGAAGUUUGCAGGAACUUGUUACCCGGGAGCCGGGGCGAGAAGCUGUCAGCGCCCCCACAAGCAGCAGCGCAGGGGUUAACUCUCUAAUAAGGCUGCCCCUGAGUCACCGGGACUCUUUGUGUGCCGGUAGCUUUUAUUGAGUCUACCCACAAAAAGCCCACAGCCAGCCCGCCACAGCCCCAGGGCAGGGCAGGAGAGGACCUCUUACCCCGGGACUGGAUCUGUGCUGUCUGUCAUUAUUCUGGUCAUUGGAGAAGAACUGCUAGCUCCUGGGGACCAGUCGGACUUCUGGUUGCGUAGGAAGUGGAGGCAGGCACUCACCUCUGGGCAGAAGACACCCGUGUGUUUUGUGUAUUAGAGAAUGAUCUUGGAAAAGCCCCCGAUGGUCCCGAUGCCUGCUGUUGUGUAGAUUAACCCUUUAAUGCCCCGUUUCGCAGGGUCUCUGUGACUGUCUAAACUGACUUGCAAAGUUCUGGAACUGAUACAUUGUUGCCGCCGUCUGGCGAUACCUGUUACCGGUCCCUGUCCUGUCUGAGCUCUUUGCCCCUGGACUGCGGUGACUCGCUGACUCCCCCCGGGGCAGAUCGUGGCACAUUUGGGGGGUACUGAUCCCAUUGCACCCGUUAGUUUUUACUCACAAGGCUUGUUGUGAUGCGUAUCCCCGUAGAUACCAGCACCAGCCGCCGCUUCACGCCGCCCUCCACCACUCUGAGCCCGGGGAAGAUGAGCGAGCCACUGACCCUGAGCGCUCCGGACACCAGCGCCGCCCUGGUGGGCAAACUGAGGACUGCAGACCGGAAUAUGGUGGAAGUUUUGUCCGAUCACCCUGGAGAGUUAGUCCGGACUGACAGCCCCAACUUCCUCUGCUCGGUGCUGCCGACCCACUGGAGGUGCAACAAGACCCUGCCUAUAGCCUUCAAGGUGGUAGGAUUAGGGGAUGUUCCGGAUGGCACGUUGGUCACAGUCAUGGCUGGAAACGAUGAAAACUAUUCUGCGGAGCUCCGAAACGCCACAGCCGCCAUGAAGAAUCAAGUAGCCCGAUUUAAUGACCUUAGAUUUGUUGGCCGAUCCGGACGAGGAAAAAGCUUCACUCUCACCAUCACUGUUUUCACCAACCCACCUCAAGUGGCCACUUACCACCGAGCCAUCAAAAUUACGGUGGAUGGACCUCGAGAGCCGAGACGGCAUCGUCAGAAAAUAGACGAACAGACCAAGCCGGGAAGCUUGUCCUUUUCUGAGCGACUGAGUGAACUCGAACAGCUUCGGCGAACAGCAAUGAGGGUCAGCCCACAUCACCCAACUCCCACUCCCAACCCACGCGCUUCCUUGAACCACUCCACAGCUUUCAAUCCACAGCCACAGAGUCAGAUGCAGGACACAAGACAAGUGCAGACAUCUCCAUCCUGGUCAUAUGAUCAGUCUUAUCAGUACCUGGGAUCCAUCGCAGCCCCGUCGGUGCACCCGGCUACGCCUAUCUCACCCGGACGCGCCGGCGGCGUGAGCUCCCUCAGCGCAGAGCUCUCCAGUCGCCUCUCAGGAGCUUCAGACCUAACGGCAUUUAGCGACCCUCGAGUUGGGAUUGAUCGUCAGUUUUCAGGACUUCCUUCGAUUUCUGACCCGCGCAUGCACUAUCCAGGGGCUUUUACUUACACCCCAACUCCGGUUACUUCAGGAAUAGGAAUUGGUAUGUCAGCAAUGACCACAGCCACCAGAUACCAUACCUACCUACCGCCCCCAUAUCCAGGUUCUUCUCAGGCUCAAGGUGGCCCCUUUCAGACCAGUUCUCCAUCAUAUCAUCUCUACUAUGGAACAUCUGCUGGAUCAUACCAGUUCUCCAUGAUGUCAGGGGGUGAGAGGUCACCUCCUCGUAUCCUUCCCCCCUGUACUAACGCCUCUACAGGGUCCACCCUAUUGAACCCAAACCUUCCAAACCAAAGUGAUGUUGUUGAGGCGGAAGGAAGCCACAGCAACUCCCCAACCAACAUGGGUACGACACCAAGACUGGAAGAAGCAGUAUGGCGACCAUAUUGAGAAGGACUGCCUGUCUCAUGAAGGCCGAACAUAAGUUAACUUCAGUUUAUGGACACUUUGCUUUAUGGUAACACUGGAAGGUUCUCAGAUGAGGACUGCGAAUGGUUCUGGUUUGGCAAUGCUGUGAAAUCACGAUACGGGAGAGGAAAAAAAUGGAUUUCAGAUUCUUGAGAUGUUUGUUUUGGGGAUUUCACUCUUUUAUCGCCUAUUUUUAAAACGGAGUAAAGUAGACAUUAAAGGCACGGUUCAUUUUUGCAUCGGAUAGAUUUGAUUUUCCAGAAGACGGCCAGCUGAAGAUAGGAGACUAAUCAGACCUUAC